CCUGCAGUGGCUUCUUGGAAGCAAGGAUGACCGUGCUGGGGAGGCUCCGGAGGGGUUUCCGACAGGUGUCUCCUCAGGUGGUGCUGCUCCUGCUCUUUGCCUUCUGCCUGCUCAGUGUUUUCAUCUCGGCAUAUUAUUUAUAUGGGUGGAAGAGAGGCCUGGAGCCCUCCGGGGAGGUCCCGGGCCCAGACUGCGACGAACCCAAGAUUGCCCCUUCCCGCCUGCUCCCCUUGAAGCCCCUCAAGGUGGCCGAUUCAUCCCGCACGGACCCCUUGGUGCUGGUGUUCGUGGAAAGCCUGUACUCUCAGCUGGGCCAGGAGAUCAUUGCCAUCUUGGAAUCCAGUCGCUUCAAAUACCGGACAGAGAUCGCCCCCGGGAAGGGGGACAUGCCCACCCUGACCGACAAGGAUCGGGGACGCUUUGCGCUCAUCAUUUACGAGAACAUCCUCAAGUAUGUGAACUUGGACGCCUGGAACCGCGAGCUCUUGGAUAAAUACUGUGUGGAGUACGGCGUGGGGGUUGUCGGCUUCUUCAAGGCCAACGAGAACAGCUUGCUGAGUGCUCAGCUGAAGGGCUUCCCGCUCUUUCUCCACUCCAACCUCGGGCUGAAGGACUGCAGCAUCAACCCCAAAUCCCCACUCCUGUACAUCACGCGCCCCAGCGAGGUGGAGAAGGGCCUGCUUCCAGGAGAGGACUGGACCGUCUUCCAGUCCAACCAUUCCACCUACGAACCAGUACUCCUGGCCAAGACCAAGUCAGCAGAGUCCAUCCCGCACAUGAGCGUCGAUGCUGCGCUGCACACCACCGUGGUGCAGGACCUGGGCCUGCACGACGGCAUCCAGAGAGUGCUCUUCGGGAACAACCUCAACUUCUGGCUGCACAAGCUGGUCUUCGUGGAUGCCGUCUCCUUCCUGACCGGCAAGAGGCUUUCCCUUCCCCUCGACCGCUACCUCCUGGUGGACAUCGAUGACAUCUUCGUGGGCAAGGAGGGCACUCGCAUGAAGGUCGAAGACGUAAAGGCUCUGUUUGACACUCAGAACGAACUGCGCACCCACAUCCCCCACUUCACCUUCAACCUGGGCUACUCAGGGAAAUUCUUCCACACAGGCACGGAUGCUGAAGACGAAGGAGACGACCUAUUGCUGUCUUACGUGAAGGAGUUCUGGUGGUUCCCACACAUGUGGAGUCACAUGCAGCCUCACCUCUUCCACAACCAGUCGGUGCUAGCGGAGCAAAUGACCAUGAACAAGAAAUUCGCUGUCGAGCAUGGCAUCCCCACCGACAUGGGGUACGCCGUGGCACCCCACCACUCCGGCGUGUACCCCGUCCACGUGCAGCUAUACGAAGCGUGGAAGCAGGUUUGGGCGAUCAAAGUCACGAGCACGGAGGAGUAUCCCCAUCUGAAACCAGCCCGCUACCGACGGGGCUUUGUCCACAAUGGGAUCAUGGUACUCCCGCGGCAGACCUGUGGCUUGUUCACGCACACCAUCUUCUAUAACGAAUACCCUGGUGGCUCCAGUGAACUGGACAAGAUCAUCAAUGGAGGGGAGCUGUUCCUGACCGUGCUACUUAACCCUAUCAGUAUCUUCAUGACCCACCUGUCCAAUUAUGGCAACGACCGCCUGGGUUUGUACACCUUCAAACACCUGGUCCGCUUCCUCGGCUCCUGGACCAACCUGAAGCUGCAGACGCUGCCACCCAUGCAGCUGGCGCAGAAAUACUUCCAGAUCUUCUCCGAGGAGAAGGAUCCACUGUGGCAGGAUCCCUGUGAGGACAAGCGGCAUAAGGACAUUUGGUCCAAAGAAAAGACAUGUGACCGGUUCCCAAAGCUUCUCAUCAUCGGACCUCAGAAAACAGGGACGACAGCCCUCUAUCUGUUCCUGGGGAUGCACCCGGACCUGAGCAGCAACUACCCCAGCUCGGAGACUUUUGAGGAGAUCCAGUUCUUCAACGGACACAAUUAUCACAAGGGCAUUGACUGGUACAUGGAAUUCUUCCCCAUCCCCUCCAACACCACCUCUGACUUCUACUUCGAGAAGAGCGCCAAUUACUUCGACUCGGAAGUGGCGCCCAGGCGGGCGGCCGCGCUGCUCUCCAAGGCGAAGGUCAUCACCAUCCUCAUCAACCCUGCAGACCGGGCCUACUCCUGGUACCAGCACCAGCGAGCUCAUGAUGAUCCAGUCGCUCUGAAAUUCACCUUCCACGAGAUGAUCACAGCUGGGCCUGAGGCUUCUCAGAAGCUCCGAACGCUACAGAACCGCUGCCUGGUACCGGGCUGGUACGCCACCCACAUUGAGCGCUGGCUGAACAGCUAUCAUGCCAACCAGAUCCUUGUUCUGGAUGGCAAGCUGCUCCGAACGGAACCAGCCAAAGUGAUGGAAACAGUUCAGAAGUUCCUUGGUGUGACAAACUUCAUAGAUUACCAUAAAACCCUGGCGUUUGAUCCAAAGAAAGGAUUCUGGUGCCAACUGCUGGAGGGAGGGAAGACCAAGUGCUUGGGGAAAAGCAAAGGGAGGAAAUACCCAGAGAUGGAUUCAGAUUCACGAGCCUUCCUGAGGGAUUAUUACCGGGACCACAAUAUAGAGCUGUCCAAGCUGCUGUACAAAAUGGGUCAGACGCUGCCAACCUGGCUGCGGGAGGAACUCCAGAACGCUAGGUAGCUGCUGCUAUCAUCGCCUUACUGAGCAAUAGUGACGCGAGCCCACGAAGAAGAUCCAAAUCGAACACCGAGCCAAACAGACAGGAGCGGGAGGGAAAGGCCGCCGGGAAAAGCAUUUCUGAGCAAUAUUCAAUGGGUUCGGCCAAGGUCUUUGAGCGAGAACCCAUGUGGUCAUCAGUAUGGCAUACGGGAGCGAACUGUCUCUUCUGAGGGCCCUUACAGUUGUGCGACUGCCUGACUCUGCAAACCCAGUGCAAGUUCCCCAAGAGCUGUUGUCUUCUGAGGUCCCUGUCAACGAGGUCACUUCCUGGGUUGUGAUGUCAUUUCCUGAUGAGGGGGGAUUCCCUGCUUCUCCAUACCUGGAUGGGGUUAACUUCUCCAUGUCUAAGAUAGUAUUACAGCAACUCUGAGACUCUCCUCAUCAGAUAAUGGAGCUGAGCACCCUUCCAAGAUGUGGACAACUCUUUGCAAAGCUGGCUUGGAGAACAGGAGCACGACGUGCUGUUUGAGGUCAGAGGCACAAAGGGGCCGACCUAACCGACCCAAGUCUGCCAUCACGUUUCAAACAAAGUGAAGUGAGACAGCGUAAAGGAAUGGAGUGUCCUGGGUUCCCGCAAGACCUAGCACUAAGCGCUGGAAGAGGUCUCUGGAUUUUUUUUUAAAGACGACUUUCAGACUUGGCAAUAUUAGUUUGUCACCAAUGAAUUCUCCCUCUCCCUCAGCCUUUUAUUUUAUUGUAUCUUAUUUUAUUGACGGGUGAGAGCUUGACCGGUGACUGUCUCAUUUGGUGAGAGAACUGAACUGAGAACUGGUUCCAGAGUGGUUACAAAGGAAAAAUAUGCACCCCGCCCCCCUUCCCGCGUGGCAACGUUUUAUAUACGUGGUGUUUUCUGUGGUAAAAGACUGAGGUUGUCCAGGAACCUGCUCACUGGAACGUGCUUCGAUAUUUGAGCCACUGGCUCAGAAGGGGGCAGACGUCGGGCAGGGCAGACAUUGGACUAACAGAGGCCGAAAGGAUUCUGAGCACGUUGGACCUCUUGGAUACUAAAAGCUAAAGUAUUUUAAUAAUUUGUUCUGUUUUUCUGGUGCCACAAGUUUGUACCUGAGAUAUUAGGGUUUUAUUUUGUCUCGUUCACUGUUACACGUGAAGGUGGGCAGCCGGUGCGGUUGACUGACUGGUCUAUCCACUGACCAGUGAUGAACAAUUUUUUUUCUAAUGACAGGAUAAGUACCUUGCUGCUCC